CAUGUGCAUAAUUAGAAGAUAAAAUUGGCCGUGACUUAUUAUAUCUUGCUUGUCGCCAUCAUACUUCUGAAUUGAUGUUACGAAAUGUUGCAGAAGUUGCUUGGCCAGUGACGAAUAGUCCAAAUGUACCAAUUUUCAAAAGACUCAGAGAUAAUUGGGAAAAAAUUGAUAAAUCUGCGUAUGAAAUCGGCACAGAGGAUAAAGAUAUUGCACUUAUUUUAAAUCAAAGAAAAGACGAUAUUCUUGACUUCAUAGAAAAUCAACUGAAGAAUCAUCAUCCGAGAAAUGAUUACAAGAAGUUUUUGGAGCUGAGCUGUAUCUUUUUGGGUGGUAUCAAAAGUCAUAGAGCCGAAUUUAAAGCACCUGGUGCUUUUCAUCACGCAUGGUGGUUAUCGAAAGCUCUCUAUUGCUUGAAAAUAUAUAUGUUUAGAAACCAGUUUAAAAUGGGAGCAAACGAAAAAAAAAUUUUGCAGAAAAUAUGUGUUUUCAUCGUAAUAUUUUAUGUAAAAAUAUGGUUUACUGCUCCUAAUGCAAUAAAUGCUCCAAACUCAGAUUUGAAAUUAGUAAAAGAUCUUAUUGACUACAGAAAAAUACAUCCAGAAAUUGCAAAUGCAGCACUCGAUAAAUUGUCUCGGCAUUUGUGGUACUUACACGAAAAUCUUGCUUGUUUAGCUCUUUUUGAUGAAACUGUGUCAGUAGAAGAAAAAGUAAAGAUCGUACAAAAAAUAAAUUCCCAGGUAGCGGUCAAAAAGCCUAAUAAACGUUUAUCAGUCGCUUAUGAAGAAAUAACGUCGUUAUCUGAGAAAAACAUAAGCGAUUUUGUUAAUCCAAACUCGUUGUUUAUUUUUGAGCAAUUUGAGCUCCCCUAUGAAUUUUUGCAUACAGAUCCAAGUUUGUGGGAAUCAAAUCUUGAGUAUAAACGAUGUUAUGAUACAUUCAAAAAGUUAAAAGUAGUAAACGAUACUGCGGAAAGAGGAGUAGCGCUAGCCGAAAGUUUUAAUGAAGUAUUGACUUAUAACGAAGAUGAAAGACAAAGAAUUUUUCAAACUGUUCAGCACCAUCGAUCUCAAUACACAUCGAGUAAAAAUCACAAUAUAUUGACAAUGAAUUAA